AUGAGUUCUUCAAACGUUGAUUCUACCACGACAAAAGAAGUGAACAGGGAUUUGAAACUAGAAAGUGAUGAGAAACUUGUUAAGGAGGAAGAGACUGUAACUGUUUUUGAUCUGGCUAACGAUAUCGAAAAUUCGUUGAAAGCCUUACAAGAAAAGUUCGAAGCUAAUGAAAAAGAGUUUCUGGAAAGGUGUAACAACAUUGAAGAGAGACUGAAACAAUUUGAUGAUAAGACAGCUAUCUAG